AGUGAGUAAGACCUCAGCAGGCAGUGUUGGACAGAGAGGCUGCAGAUUCCUCUCUGGCUCCAUUGAGCAUACUGAGUGGCAGAUCUGCAUGUUGAAGCAGCCCUUUGAAAACACAGAAGCAGCUCACAGCACACUGCACAUUGUAUAUUCCCAGCACGUCCCUAGCUCAUUUUUUUUUUUUUUUUUGCUUUUUGCCUCAGCCUCAGUAGAAGCAGAUAGGAAAAGAAAGACAGAGAGGGAGAACCAGCAAUCCUUAAACUCAGCCUUUUUUCCCCCCGGAUGUGCUAUAUAUUUUGCUGCAAACUGGUAAGUAAAUAUUUCCAUCGGAUCUCUAUGCACUUUCAGGGAUGAUAUUUGUCAAGGGCAUUAAAUAAGAUAGAAGUUGCAGAUAUAUAAAUAUAUAUUUUCAAAUGAUACUGCUGCUGCAACAUAAACCCCAGCCUUUAUUCCUCUGAUCAUUAUUUCAGGCAAUGAUUUUCUUCUUUUGGCAUGUAAGGCUUAUUCAGUGUCUUUUCUACUGCUGAUAUGUAUUUGCAAGGACAAGCUUUGAAAAAUGUUAAUAGAAUAGAUUUUGUUUGUUUUUGUGUAUCAUUAUAACCUUUCUGCUAGGGGCAUACUGAGAAUGCAGUAAUAUGAAAGUAGCUUAAUAAUAUCCCUGGUAUAUCUACUACAGCUAUAUGCAUCAGUGUUUUGCAUGUUUUUUUGUGUGGGUUUUUAUUUUUUAGCAUCAUCAGUAGAACUAUAAUAUUAAGUUCAUGGCAUUAAUACGGUUGGGGAUGCCCUUUGUUCAGCAAUAUUUUUUUAAUGAGAAAGAAGAAUAUUUCUUUUUCUCACUUGGGGACUUUGUAAAUGUUAAUGUAUAGGUAUUUUCCUCAGUGGACAGCUCUGAGAUGCUUACACUGGAUGUCUGAGGUCUAUCAGCCUCACUCCCAGUGCAAGCCAGGCAGAGCAUUUAAAUCACGGAUCAUCCCAGACUCAGCAGCAUAUAACUGUUAGCUUCCCUACAGAUCUGGAGAUCAUAUGGGCAUGUGGUGUGGGUAGAUUAAUCAGCUGCAAAUUCUUUAAUCUAUUUGUGGGUAUUUAGGGUAUGAAAGCUGCAGUAUUAAUUACUUAGUGUGCUUGGAAACUGCAAAUCCAUUAAAUAUUAUGACCACACAGACAUCUUUACGGGAAAUAUAAAUCAAGGAAUUGUUAUUAUCUAGCAAAAAAUGUGAUCUUCAUUAUAGCUAACCUUUUUGCUUUCCUGUUUUUUUCUCCUCCUUAUAUGAAUGUUGUUGAACCGGUAUGAUUAGACGUUAUAGAAUAUGCUGAUUUUAUUUCUUCCAUCAUUACUGCUGUCUGUGACAAGUGGAAAAGGUAAGAUUUGAGAUUAUGAUAUUCAGUUUUGUAUCCUCUCUUGUGUGAAUGCUCAAUAUGUAUGUUAAAAUGAUGUGUGUAGGGAGGGUAGCUUAUCAAGUGCCAAUUAUGUAAUACAGUACAAUAAAGCAAGCAGACAUGCUAGAUUGCAGAUUUGCAUAUUAGAACAUUUAUUUUAAACUGUUGAUGCUAAUGGUGGUCAUAUGAAGAGUCAUUUUCCCAUACUAAGUCGCUUUUAUCUACCCCAUAGCUUGUUAAAUAACCCUUUGAGUGCAAACUGGUUUAGUUGUGCAUCAUAUUGCAGUUCUAAGUUCGCCCCCUCAAUCACGUACAAAGAGUUAAAUGUUUGCAAUGGGAGCAGAAUACCAAAUCUGUGUAAUUUGUAUUUAUUUUUCAGCUUUGCUAAUUAAUCAGCAAUGAAACCAUCUCCAAGAGAAACUCGUCUUAAAGGACGGAUGUUGUGGCUAAUUCUUCUAAGCACAAUUGCUCUUGCAUGGACGACACCAAUUCCUUUGCUUGAGGAUUCAGAGGAAAUAGAUGAGCCUUGCUUUGAUCCUUGCUACUGUGAAGUAAAGGAAAGCCUUUUCCACAUUUAUUGUGACAAUAAAGGAUUUACAAAUAUUAGCCAGAUUGCUGAAUCCUGGACAAGACCUUUCAAACUGUACCUUCAAAGAAAUUCAAUGAGAAGAUUGUACACCAACAGUUUUCUUCACUUAAACAAUGCUGUGUCUAUCAAUCUUGGGAACAAUGCUUUGCAGGACAUUCAGGCAGGAGCCUUUAAUGGUAUGAAAGUUUUGAAGAGGUUAUAUUUGCAUGAGAACAAAUUGGACAUUUUUAGAAAUGACACAUUUAUGGGGUUAGAGAGCUUGGAAUAUCUGCAAGCUGAUUAUAAUGUCAUUAAGAGGAUCGAGAGUGGGGCCUUCAGAAAUUUAAAUAAAUUGAGAGUUUUAAUCUUAAAUGAUAACCAUAUCCCUUUGCUUCCAACCAAUUUAUUCAAGUCUGUGUCUUUAACACACUUGGACUUGCGUGGAAACCGAUUAAAGGUCCUUUCUUACAGAGGUAUGUUGGACCAUAUUGGAAGGAGCAUUAUGGAGAUCCAGCUAGCUGAAAAUCCCUGGAACUGCACCUGUGAGAUUGUCCAGUUGAAGAGCUGGCUGGAACGUAUACCAUAUACUGUCCUGGUGGGAGAUAUAACGUGUGAAAGCCCGUUUCACUUUCAUGGCAAGGAUCUAAGGGAUAUAAAACGUAGUAAGCUCUGUCCCUUAUUGUCUGAAAGUGAAGUGGAAGCAAGCUUGGGGAUACCCCAGUUACCAUCCAGUAAAGAAAAUACAUGGCCCACUAAACCGUCAUCAAUGUUAUCCUCAUUUCAUGUUACUGCUUCCUCUGUGGAAUACAAGACAGCCAAUAAACAACCAACAACCACCAGACAGCCUAGAGUCCCAAAGCCACCACCCACACCCAGAGGCCUUUACCCAGGCCCAAACCAACCUCCAAUAGCUGGAUACCAGACAAGGCCACCUAUUCCAAUUAUAUGCCCCACUGGAUGUUCCUGUAGUUUGCAUAUCAAUGACUUGGGAUUGACUGUAAAUUGCAAGGAAAGAGGGUUCCAUAACAUUUCAGAACUUCUUCCUAGACCACUCAAUGCCAAGAAACUGUAUUUGAGUGGAAAUGUAAUACAAAAAAUCUAUAGAUCCGACUUUUGGAAUUUUUCUUCUUUGGAUUUAUUGCACCUUGGAAAUAACCGUAUAUCAUAUGUACAGGACGGAGCUUUCAUGAGUCUACCAGGUUUAAAAAGUUUGUAUAUGAAUGGGAAUGAUAUUGAAAGAUUGACACCUGGCAUGUUUAGAGGCUUGCAGAGUUUGCAUUAUUUGUAUUUUGAGUACAAUGUGAUAAGGGAAAUACAACCUGCCGCUUUCAGUCUGAUGCCAAAUUUGAAAUUACUGUUUCUCAAUGACAAUUUGCUGAGAACACUUCCCACAGAUGCUUUUGCGGGCACAUCUCUGGCCAGACUCAACCUGAGAAACAACCAUUUUCUAUACCUUCCUGUGACGGGAGUAUUGGAGCACCUUAAUGCCAUUGUGCAGAUAGAUCUCAAUCAGAAUCCGUGGGAUUGCUCCUGCGAUAUUAUUCCUCUAAAACAUUGGAUAGACACUACUAGCUCUGUCAUUGUAGUGGGGGAGGUCUUGUGUGCCAGCCCAGAGAACCUGACAAAUAAGGAUCUAAAAUCAAUUGAAAUAGGUGUGUUGUGUCCAGAACUGCUGCAUGCUACUGCCGCCUCACCUGCUCUGCCUGGUAAUAUGGUGCCCACAAGUUCCUCAGUAUUUGAGUUUACCACACCAGGGGGUGCCAUUCCACUUUCUGUUCUGAUCCUGAGUCUUUUAAUCCUGUUUUUCUCUGCUGUUUUUGUGGCUGCAGGCCUUUUUGCUUUCGUGCUGAGAAGACGUAAGAAACAGCCUUUCAGAAAGAGACAAGAGGUGGAUUUGACUGGCAUUCAGAUGCAGUGCAGAAUCUUUGAGGACAGACCAAACAACUCCCCAGAGAAGGCCCCUGGCCAUGUUUAUGAUUACAUCCCACAUCCAGUAACCCAGAUGUGCAACAAUCCUAUCUACAAACCCAGAGAGGAAGAAAUGGGUGAGGAGUUUUCAGAGACAAAGGAAAACAACACUAAUUAUAGGACCUUAAUAGAAAAAGAAAAAGAGUGGACCAUGGCAGUGUCAAACUCCCAGCUAAACACAAUAGUUACUGUAAACCAGUCUGGGGAAGUACCAAGUUUUCAUGAAAAUGGAAUGAUAUUUCCUGGUGUAAUGGAUCGAGAAAGGCCUGCUCCAACAGUGGGGUUUGUGGACUGCUUGUACGGCACAGUGCCCAAAUUAAAGGAACUGCACGUACACCCUCCUGGCAUGCAAUACCCUGACUUACAACAGGAUGCCAGACUAAAAGAAACCCUUCUUUUCUCUGCUGGAAAAGGGUUCUCAGACCAAACCCAAAGUGAAUACCUUGAGUUAAGGGCCAAACUCCAAACUAAGCCAGAUUACCUCGAAGUCCUGGAAAAAAACACUUAUAGAUUCUAAUAUAGCAUCAUUUCAUAGUGCCCAAAAACGCAUGAUUCAAGAUGAUACCGUUGUGCUCCCCAAAUUGUUUUGGAGGAAAGGGCCAUACUCUAAAUUUAAUUAAUCAAAGUGCCUUCGCAGACUUUUGCCAGCAAUGUUAUCAAUCAUUAUUUUUUAUAUAGGAAUCUAAGAAACUUGACUGUGCCAUGUAAGGUAUGGGGGUAUUUGUACUGAUCCUAAUAACUAAUUCCACGUGUCCUUUCUUGGCAGUAACUUAAAUCUUUUCACUUGGGGGGAAUAGAACGGCAUUGUGGCUUCCUUAUAAAAAGAAACGCCCAUGGCACAGUUCCUGUAUAUUGAUGCAGUUUGCUGCAUGUCUAAAAACUGCAGGGGAGGGUAAUGCUCGAAUGUUCUCACCCAAAACAUUUAUGAUCCAUCAAUUUUUGUUUCUACAAUACAACCAACAAAACCCUGGAGUUACUGCAAUGCUUUAUUGUUCAAUGUUUAUUUGAUUUACCCCAUGUUUCAAUGCAGAAAAGCAAUCAAUGUUCACAAGACAGCUAGGGAUCAACAUCUUUGUGAAAUCAUGAUGACGCCAAGAUUUUCUGCAGUUCACUGCACUUUCUUUAGAAAUGCUACUGGGUAUGUAUCACUAACAGCUUUGUAGGAAGCACUUUUAAUGUCUUCUUCAAACCCCCCUUCCUUAGUCCUCAGCCUACCCCCAUACACAAAGAUUUUACAAAAUGUGCAUAUAUUUAUUCUGUAACUUCAGUGAAUAUUAAUUGUAAAGGUAAUGUUUAAUCAAUGUAUAGUGAAUAUGCGUCUGGUAUAGCUUUCCUAAUAAAAUAAUUUAAAAUGAUACAUACAUAUACAAAUAUAUAUAUAUAAAUAUCUAUAUAUACAAAAAAAAAAGAAAAGGCUCGAUGAUGAAUUUUAGCUAUGCCAAGCCUAUUACCCACCAAUAGUAUUGAGCAACACUGAAAACACAUUUGUUGAAAUCAGUUCAACAUGUAGACACAAAGCAAAAUGUUAUGAAUCCUCUUGAGAUAUGUUGAUGCUGAGAUAUAUAUAUUUUUUUUUGUAUUUUGGGGAAACAGCAGCACUUUUUAGAUUUUGUAGGCUCCCAAGUAGUGAAGAGUUAAUAAUGUGAUAGACCUUUACGUAUUGCUCUGAAUGAUAUUUUAAACAAAAUUCAAAUAUAUUAUAAUUGACAAAGCCCAGUACAACAGUACAUUUGUUUAAACCCAGGAAAAACAAAUGCUUUCAUGCAUCCCCUUUAUUUAAUUAUUGAGAGACACUACCUCACAUGGCCUAAUAAAGAAAAGCUGCAAAAAAUAUUAGAAAAUACAUAAUUGGUAGUGUUCUUUCCUGUGCAUAUUAAAUAUAUUAUUCUUAUACAACCUAUAUUAUUGAAGAGAAAGAGGAUAAAUAUAAAUAUAUAUGACAAAACCUAGAUGAUCCCAAAGAAAAUCUGAUUCAAAGCUUCAAAGUUUGAAGGUGUAUGUUUUAUCUGACUAUAUUAAUACAAGUGAACAGCAGGGGGAGCUUCAGACUAAAAAUUGUACCUUCCGCACCAGAUUUCCAGUUUAAGAGCUCUGUGUUCACCAGUACUGCAGCCAUCCACACUUCUUUUUCCCUCUGUUUAAUUCUCUGUUUAAUAUAAGUCCCUAAUUAAAUCAUUACUGUACAUUGAAUGUAAACCAUCAGACGUCACUAAUGCCUUACAUCAAUACAGAGAAACUUAACACCGAAUGUUUUAAGGAAUAAAAUAAGUGUUUUGUGUUUUUGCUUGCUGCAACCUCAUAUUCCCUACAAAUUAUGUAUUAUAUUACACUAAUAUAUUUAUAUAUUUUGUGUGAAGCUAUAAUCACAUUAUGAUUCGUACAUACAUGUAUGUGCAUUUCAUAUUGUGCAGCUGUAUUUUCCUGUUUUGCUUAAAAUCCUACAUUUCUUUAGUUGUUUUUCAUAGUAUUCAAGUAUUCAGUUGUUUUUUUUAACCUUUUAUGCACCUUUGUGUAUACAUAGACAAGAUCUCUUCGAAAUUAAGAUCUUUCUCACGAAUUUGCUAUUGAAACAAGCAAUGAUAAGCAGUGGAGAUCUUAAAGCAACAGCCACAUCCCAAAAUGGAACAAUACUUUAAUUUAAUAUAAGGGGAUUUAUUGCUGCUGUUAUUUUUUCUAUUUUUUUUUUUUUUUUUCAAGUAUAUAUUGAAGAACAUAUAAUUUCCCUUAAGCAAAGUCCCUGCUAUUUGAUCCUAAUUGCCAUAACCUUUGAAUACAAUAGCAGUCCAAAGGCUGGAUUAAUUUUAUUGGCGUCACGGUCAUUCAUUAUGUUCUAGAAAUUUAAUAUUCACUGUAUAGUGUUUAUGACUGCAUUCAACACUGAUAUAAAUAGAUAGCAUGCGCUUUUUAAAAAAAUCAAAGUGCAAGGUCAGAUGCUCCUGAUUAUAAUAUAAAUUCAUGAAUUUCAUGCAUGCAUUACAUCGAUGCAUUUAUUUUACAAAUAAGUUUAAGUGCAAUCCCUAGUGUUCCUGGUGCUGUACACAACAAGCAGAGUGCUCAUUUUCCAUAUCAAGGUAUAAUGCAAACAUCAUUAUGUUUAUAUAUUUUAAUUAAAAAGCAAAAACAAAAUAGAAUGCAAGAAAGUAUUUACUUCUAUAAAAGUACACCCCUGGUUGGUGAAAAAUUCUAUUUAUUAAGUGGAUAUAAAUUUAUUCUUUGAGAAUGGAAAUUUUGUAUUAAAGGAGAUAUGUUUUGGCUUAAACGUUGUUUUAUUUUACUGUGUAGGGAGAUUAUUCUUUGUGCACAUGUAAUGAAUUAAUCUAUUUUUUCAUCUGUAGCUUUAUGUAGGGGGUCUUAAAAUAUUUUAUUUGUGCGUAAUUAAUGUGCAACAUUUUUGGUUUGGUGUGAUUGUAUGUUGUGUUGACAGACAGAGGAAUUCUUGUCUGUUUAAUCUCAAUUAUGAAGGGUUUUCUUAAAAAAAAAUACAGAAAGUAAAAAAUCAAUAAUGAAUGCACAAGCCUUACCUUUAUAAAUGAUAUGACUGGCAGUGGUCAUGAUAAAUGAUAAUUUUACUGCUGAACUUUGGCAUUAUAUUGCACAAAUACUGACAUGUAGAUUAUUUCCCAAUACACUUAUUGAAAUUGUUCAAUCAUUGAUUUUUUUUUUGCUUGUUUUAUUCAACUUGUUUAACUCAAUAUAUUGUAAUAUUUGGCUUACCAUAAUUAUCUGCAUCUCACAGAUGGUUUUCCCGCAUCACUAGAUUGUACCUCAUAAUAAACAUAAAAGAAAAUUGGUGUCUGAACAAGUUCGGUAACUCAACUCUUUCAGUAAUGUAUUUCAGAUCUGCAAAACUGUUCACAAUUCCAAGCCUUUCACAUACACUCAAGAACUUAAAGGAUAAGGUGGACAGAUUUUCAAUAAAAAAGGGGAGUGGGCGACAAGACAGACAAAUGGACAUAUAAACUUACCAAGGCUCCAUUAAAGUCAAUGUCAUCCUGUGUAGUGCCUUUUUGAUUUUAUUUCAUAUUCAUAAGCAUCCAUCUAAAAUUAGGGAAAUUAGUCUUUUCCAUGAUAUUCUCAAAAAUAGUUGAGUAAUACAAAUACAGGUUUUAUUUAAAAUUCUGCAAUGAUGUAACCUGGUCAGGUUUUAAGAAGUAAUUCUUACAUGCGUUUAACACAACAGAUAAUUCCAACAGUUGAAGCACUUCCCAGGGCUUUUCCAUGGAUUUGAUGUCAUUGGUAUUAAAAAUGGUUAUUGUUUACACUUAUUCCAUUCUUUUCAAUGGGAUUGUUGCCAUGUACUAUGCAGCAUUGUACAUUGAUUUUCCUGUGAAAGCAAAUAAUUAAAUCUAAAUGUGUGUAUGCAUAUAUAUGAAUAUCCAAUGUUAAGUUCAAACCAAGGGCAAUUAAGUAAUUAUGUUUUAAUAAUUACUGUUGCCUUUAAAGAUUACACAGUAGCAUGGUUAUCAAUAAUAGUCUACAUUUCAUGCAGUUGGAUCAGUUCUUGACUACUGUAUGUAUUGCACUUGGUGUUCUGAGAAAAAAAAAGCAAGUGUAAAUAUUGCUCAUUGUCCUCGAAUGAACUGAUCUGUCUGAUUGUUAUCCUUUUAUAUAUAUAUAUAUAAUUCCAUACCAUUAACAAAUAUGUAUUUCUCUGGUUCUAGAAUUUACUAUUAUUUAAAUUUUCAUUGAAAAUCCAGGGAGUUAUGAAAUAAAAAAUUGAUGGUAUUGAUUGUUAAUUCAGUACAACAUGAAUGCCUGAGUAGGGUAAGGCUAUGGUUGUCAUUAUUGGAAAAAUCUAUUUAUGAAAUGCUUGGACACGUAUGAUUUUGAUAAUCUGUUUUUGUAACAUUUUUACAUAAUAAUAAUCAAGGAUUAUUCUUUAAAGAGUUGAGGUAUGCUGAGAACUGAGUUAGAGUGUUUUAGAAUAGCUUGGAAAAACACCUGAAACUCUGUUGAAUUUGUCUAUUUUUUUUUUCUCAUUUGGCAAUUUCAGAGUUUAUUUUAUUUUAUCAGUUGAUUCUCAACUCCCAAUUUACUGAAUAGAAUUGUUGCAUAAAAAAAAAAAAAGAAACAAAACAUGUUUUCUAUUUACCAACAAAUUAUUAGAGAAUUUGUACAUCAUUAAUUGUGUCUUGUGUCUAUUCGUUUUUAGCAUCAUGGGAUUAGUGAUUUGUUUUUGACUUUCGAAAAUGGCAUGGGAUUUUUAUAUGUGUCGGCAAGUUCAUUUUAUUGGAAUUCAGCUGUGCUUUAUAUUCUUUAUUGUUGUUAGUCUUCUUCUUAUUAUUAUUACAUGAACUUUAGUAUAACAAGAACAGGUUAGUUUUUCCUUCUGAAUGUAUUCUGUAUGUCCAUAUGAAUCCUACAACCAUGUAACUUGAAUAACCAUGUGAACGAAGAAGUACUAUCAUAAGCCAACCCUGUUAGCAAGAUAUUCCUAAAUUAAGUAUUUAUUAUAUGAAUUGGCUGAAUGUAUCUAAGUGUGAUGUCUGUUUACUAAACACUGAUUUGUGGGGGCACAGAGUUGAAAUAUUAACAAAACUGUAUAUGUUUGUUUGAGAAUUUUAAUUCAGUGUUACUGGCCUAGUUUUCAUCAGACAAUUGAACAAAAUGGACUAUUUACCAAUUAGAACUGACGUUUUAUGUGAGUAACUUUUAAGAACCAUAUGGGUCACAAAGACAUUUAGUUUAUUUUGGCAAGUAUAACCACCAUGCAAAUUUAGUGUAACCCAAUCAUUAUUUAAAAUGUGUUAUUUUAAAGUUGACUUGGUUGGUGUAAUGACUGAAAUUUCCCACACUGCCUGAAUUAUAUCUGAAAACCCUAUGUCAAGCAAAAUCAAUUCUAAGUAUCCUUUCGUUUGCUUAACCCAGAUAACUAGAACAACCAACUAGACAUGCAAAACACCCUUUCCAUUUACUCAUGCAACACUGGGUGAAAAUGAAAGGCAAUGUUUUACAAGCUGUAAUAAGUAGUGUUGAGAACAUUUUUUGUUUGCUUUUAAGAGAAUUGUAUUUUCCAGGUAUUACUUUUUCUACACAUUAUUUAUAUAUAUAUAUAUAUAUAUAUAUAUUUUUAUUUAUUUUUUUAUUUUUAUUUUUUGCAAUUGUACCAAGUUCACCAGGCAUUGGUGGCCCCACAAAAAAAAGAAAGAAUAUGAGGAACUGGGGGAAACUCCAGAAAAAAAUCCAUAAGAAAAAACAAAACAGUACUCAGUAUGCAGCAUAAAGCCCCCCUACUGUGGCUCAGGCAGUACAUAUAGAUCCACAAAGCAAAAUAGAAAGAAAUAGAGACUGCACAAACAGUUACUGUGUGCACAAAACAGAGUGCAACUACCAUUUAUUUGAAGGACAUACAACAAAGAUUUUGGGGUAAUCCCUUUGUCAAUGCAUCGUGUCCCUUCCCCCUCCAACACACUUGUUUAAAUACAAAGUAGAAAAUUGAUAAGUCCAAAGCCACACCCCUCUCUCGGCCCAAAGUGAAGAAAUUGAGUCCUCCUCACUUUAAUUGACCGUUCUUUCCAAAUGUUACAUAUUUUCUUAAAACAAGAGACCAUAUUGCACUUUAUUUUUUCCUUUCAUUGUAUUGUAUUGUAUUGUAUUGAUUGAUUGACUGUGUUGAGUUUCCACAGAAGCACAUAGCUCUGUUUCAUGUUGAAUAAAGCUUUUGAAGUGUAACAUAGGUUGUAUGUGAUUAAUAUUUAUGCUUUAUAUGUAAGGAUAUUAACCACAUAAUAUCUAGUACCAGGUAGCAGUGAAUGGAGAUCAGAGACAGAUUUGUGAUUGCAGAUUUUUUUUCAACUGUAUACUUGCAGAUAAGGGAUAUUGGCAAUGUUUAUUUUCCAGUCCAAGAUGGAUUUAGAAAAUUGAGACCAAUUAGUCUCAAAAUAAUCCAGCCACACACAUAAGUGACCCUUUAAUAGAUUUAAAUAUCACGUGUGCAUCAAUUUAUAUAAAAUGCUAUAAUUUUGCUUUAUCAUCAAUGUAUUACUGUGAUAUAUUUUAUUUUUCAAUUUGUUUUAGGUAGUUUGUCCUUUUCAUACUAAUUAGAUAAUUACUCAACACUUAAAAUAGAUAUGAAAUGCAAAUUCAAAUAAAGACAUAAAUCUCCAGGACCUGUGUUUUAUGGUAACAAGUAACGUACAAUCUUUUAAAAUGAGAACAAAAUGUGAUUAGGUACAAAUAGCACAGAAAGUCAAAUAUCAAUUUUAGAACAAACAGAAGUAGUGUAAUCUCAAUAAAGUUUUAGAAAUACAUUUCUAAUGGAGAUGUGUCAAUAUCGGAACUUGUUUUUGGAAAGUUAAAUUCUCAAACUGUAAGCACAAAAUAUUAGAGGAACAAUUCAAGCCCUCGUUGUAGAGGUUAUGUUGCCAGACACAUACCCUGGUACCCCCUUCGCCUAUUGUUUUAGAACAGUUUGACUUCUUGCGUAAUGGCCACUGAGUCCUGUUCCCUGCCCCCACUACUGAUGAUAGAGGGCUAGAAGCUCUCUCUCUAACUCUCUGAGCUAAGCAAUCAGUUGAUGCACUCAACCAAUGAGCUAGCCCUUCAUUGCAAGACUCAGCUCAGUAGAACUAAUGGAAGCUCCUGUUUCUAAAAUGGCUUAACUACUUGUAAUGUGGGCUGCCAUGGCACUACUUGGACCAUAACCACUACAGCAAACUGCAGUGGUUACAGUGCUUGGAGUUUCCCUUUAAAUACAUUAUUCUAAAUAUGCUGCCUGUAUAAAAACAGGGAACUGUAAUUGGAAUUAAAUAUACCAUGUAAUUGCAGUGUUAAAUUUUUCCCACUCUUACAUUUGCUGGGCACCUCCAUAUUUGUACUAUCGUUAAAUAAUAUGUGUACUUUGUGCUGCUAGUUUAUGUCUUUGUCUUGAUAAUGUACAGGCAAUGUACAAAAAGCAGAUUUCUCAAGUGGAGAUAGGCUGAACAUGUGAAUAAUGUAAUGUAACUAUAUGUAAUAAACUUUUUUGUUCUUGGUUUGAUUUUUAAAUUGGAAUUAAAAAAAAUAUCUAAUUUUUAUAUGGUACUAAACUGGUGUCUGAUUUCUGCUGCCUAUGUAUACAAUGUGAUUAGAAUGGCUGUAUACAUACCUUUACUACUCAGUUCUUUUAGAAAGAUAUGGUAUUUGUUUGGUAUGUUGAUUGUUGUUCAAGGUAGCUAAUCAUUUAAUUAUGUAAAUGUUAACAAUUGUAUUUUUUUUUUCAAUUAUUCAUUCAACAUUUACAGAAUUCUUGAUGGCAAAAAUUGUAAAAAUUAUACAGCAUGCUUAUCUUUUUAAUAUUCCACAUAGCAUAGAAUUAGUCUUUUUUUAACUUACAUAUGGACUAUAAGGAAUCUGAUGGCAUUAUAGAAGGAAUUUCAAACAGCUAUUAUAGAUUGCAAAUAUUUUUUAUAGUAUUGUGAUGGUGUUUAGAUCCAUUCCUCCACUUUAUAAAGCAAAUGAUGAGUUGAGUAUCUCUUUUGUGAAAAGUGGAGUAGUGGAAUAAUGCAGUGGCUGAGAAAUUUGUUUUUGUUGGGCGGACAAAAAGCAUAAAGCAAAGAGCAAUGUAAAUAAGGCAAUUGGGGCUACAUUUUGUUUUGUUUUGUUUAUGCUUAUGCAUUCACUUGUUGGGAGGUAAAGAGCCCCCCUUGAUGUACUGAGAACUCACUUUGUUCAGAGUGGCAACAGCUACACCUUAAUGAUGAGUCCCAAACAAGACUGAAAUUACUAUUGUCUGUAUCUCAUUUGCACAAGACAUUCAGCACAUUUCUUUUUUGAAGAUUGAUAUUAAUACAGACCUUCCAACAGUCUCAAUUUCAGCAGGACAGUCCCAAUUCCAGGAUCCUUCCCUGCUGUCCCAAUUGGUUCCCUGGUGUCCUGCAUCCAUGGACACCAGGGAACUGUCCUCAGGCAGCACAGCAUGAACAUCAUUACAUGCUUGCCACUAUAAAUGAGCGCUAAGAUCAUGCAGAGAGUGCUUCAGCAGCACUCUCUGCAUGGUCUUAUAGGUUGGGAGAUGGCCAAAUGCCCUUGCAGAGGGCAAAUCUUUUCUGGACAGACUGACCCGUUAAGGACAUCACUGGCAAAGCUCCCCCUAGGAACCAUAUAAUAGGUAGGCUGGUAGGCUGAUAUGCAUUUGGCAUAGGUUCUCUCAGAAAUUUUAUAUAAUACUUUACUAGUUAAUACUUACUAAUUUAAUAUUUUCAAAGUGUUAAUCAUCUUGUUGGUAUUGUCAAAUUAGGAAUGUGAUAUCAAUACUUAAAUUUGUGAAAAUGUAUUUACUACUUUUUUGACUGAUCAAAUUAUGUCAACCUACAACCACAUUUAAAAGCUAACCAUUUAAUUUUAUAUUUAGCAUUAUUAAUAAUGCAAUCAAUAAAAAUAUUAGUUAUGCAAUCACUCCUGAAUACAGCACUGACUAAGGGGUUAAAUGGGUUACUCUUUGCCCCAUAUCAGACAUUUUCUAAAUCUCUAAACAGAAAUGAUUGAAGCAUGCUAGUGAAAUAGAAGGGGUGUAUUUGGAAGCAGAUAGUCCCUAUAAAAUUACAACAUUCUGACUAUUACAAUGCCUUAAUAUAAAGAGUAUUGGAUAAAUUGGAUGAAUUAUGUAAAUAAAUAAAUUGGAUAACUUAUGCAAGUAUAUGUUAUAACCAGACAGCAUUUUAAAAAAAAACAACUAUAUUACAUUUAAAUACCUCACUCAUUUAAUUAACACAGGGCUGAGUAAAGCUACAAAUGCAAAAUAAGCAAACCAUCUUAUGAUGGCAUAGGGUUUAUAGGGACACAAUUGUAAGGGUUGUGGAUGUGGUCCUUAAGGAGUUGUAGAUGUGGUCCUUAACCCCUUAAGGACACAUGACAUGUGUGACAUGUCAUGAUUCCCUUUCAUUCCAGAAGUUUGGUCCUUAAGGGGUUAAGGAGUCAAAGUUUUUUGAUAGCUGAAACAUUGCAAUUGAAAACUUUCCUUUUUAAUGAGAUUAUGUUGCCUAUGUCCAUCAUUUUUCUGAUACAUUCUGAGGUACUUGUGAUUCCUUUCUCAGUGUAGAACUGCCAAUAAAUAAAGGCUUCGUCCUCCCUGAGUGCAAUGGGCCAUUUACUUUUGUAUAUUGUUUACUAACUCACUAUCCAGGAAACAUAACAGAACACUUUGGGGGUUGAUUUAAUGUCUAAUUUUUAGCCCUUCGUCUUUGACAGCGUCUGCUUAGUAGUCUAGUUCGGUCAUCAGGCUUGAUAACUAUUUUGUCCAAUCAAAUGAUUCUCCUAGUAUUGUGUAUUAUGCAACCAUGUGCCAAUCAAAUAACUCUAUGGUCUCACUGAGAAAGCAAUGUCAAGAAGGCUUAUAGUGUGUAUAAACAUGUAUGUAUGUAUAUAUAUACACAUACUAUAUUUAUAUAUUUACUUAUUAGUAUCUAUUAUAUAAGUAGCAUAUAUUUUUAAAUUGCUACUCUAAAUGGAUUCUAUGUAAAUAAUUUUAUCAAAUUGCUUUAAAUGAGGUUCAUCAGGCUGGAUACAGUUUAUGUAACAGAGGUCUUCUUAAUUCAAUCCGAGGAUGUUGCUGUGACAUUGAUAUAAGAUAGCAUCUUCAAUCACUUGCAUAAUGUCAUCAGAAAGAUAUAUGUAUUAAAUCAAAUCUAACUGAACUUGUUGUUUUUCAUUCAUUUUUUUAUAUGAUUUGCUUUACAAUUUAAAAUCCAUUUAUUAUGAAUAUAUCAAUUUGCUUUGGAAGGAAUUUUAUCCUAUACAUUUUUAUUAUAAACAGUUCACCUACGUACAGCAUGUAUAGUAUUAUUCAAGAUAAAUAAAGACACGCUCUUUCCUGUUAGAUGUCAAAUAUUUUUUUGGGGGGCAGAAUAUAAAAUGAUUAAUUCAAUAGGUAAUUUCUAUGUUUUAUGGGUGGAGGCAGAACUUUUUAUUGCAUUGACAUGCGGACUAGACUAUAAUUAUUAUAAGUAUUUAUAUGGCACCUAUAUAUUCUGCAGGGCUUUACAAUUUGUACAAUGGGGAUAUUUGAAAGCGAAAAAAAGCCCUGCUCAAAUGAGUUUACAAUCUAUGAGGGUUUGAGGUUGAUCUUGAAAAUUUCUAUGUUAACAUAGGGUUUUAAAUAAUAAUACUAUGCAGCAGAUAUAAUAUCAGUGUAUAUCAGUAUCUAGAUUUUAUUUGAACUAUAAAGCUUACUUAGUUCAUGGACUGGUGGAAAGUCCGUAUUUUUAUACAGUGCUUCAUUGUUAUUAUGUUUGUUCUUUAGGGAAUAAGGAGGGUUUUGUUUUUUAUUUCACUGGCUACAAACCAAGUUCUAUUGAAUUGAACUAGAUUUAUCAAAUGUCAAACUUGGUUAAUGGGAUUUCUGUUCAUGAUUGACUAUAGUCCCGGGUCGUUCAUUACAGUAUAUUUAUUGUAUUAUUUGCAUCUAAUGUAUGUUAGUAAAACAACCUUUUAAACACUUCACUACAAUUGAGAAGUCUGUAAACCAGUUUCUGAUUUAAUUGUGACUUGUGACGAAAGACACAGGAUGGCUGACAACCUCAAGGUCCUAGGAUAUAGUAUGUGUCCAGGUUAUAGUGAAUGUGUAUAGGGAUGCACUGUGUGUAUAGGGGGAAUAGUGUGUGUGUAGUGUGUAUCGGGGGUAUAGAGUGAUUGUAUGGCAGUAUAGUGUAUGUGAAUUAUUGGAAUAUUAGAUAGAUAAUUAAAAUGGAGCAGUCUCUAUGACCUUCACUGAGCCAAGAGGCAUCAAACUGAUAGCAUCACCAUCUGAGCACCACAAAGUGUUAGCUAGAAAAAGUUCCCUGAAUCCCCAAAAUAAAUAAUUGAAGCACUAUAUAUAUAUAUAUAUAUAUAUAUAUAUAUAUUCUUAUGCAGUGUAGUUUAAGUUUCUAAUAUGCUUAGUGAAAGUCCAUAUUUAUAUGGAUAAGGCUGGAGGAUAUGUACACUGUAUCUGUUUGGAGAUAUCUAGCUGGGGAGAUACAUUAUGAGGGAUAUGCUGUGGGGAGAUGCAACUUGGGGCAUGUGGCUGCGGGGGAAUGCAGUAUAGGACAUGUGACUGGAGCAUGAGCUGCACCGUUGGAUAUAUGGCUGUGGGGGAGAAGCGCUGGGGGGUUAUGUGUCUGGUGUGAGAUGUACAAUAACAAUGUGUGGCUUGGAGGAUAUCCACUGUGGAGGAUAAUGCUGGGAAGGGAUGUAACUAUGAAGUGAUAAAUUGGGUAGAUGAAUUAAGGCAAUAUUGCUGGGCUUUAUGAAUAGGUAAGCAUGCCAGAAAAAUAUGGUGCUAGAACCAUCUUGCGCUGGGGAUUUACUGAGCUGAGCACAAUAAGCACCAUAUAUGGACCCAUGGCUCUCAAUGCCUUGUGUUGGCCAUGGAAAUUGGCAAAUACAAAUUGACACAGUUGUAUAGAUGCUCACUCCGAGCAUCAUGAUGAUGAACAAUAUACAUAUACCAGUACAUCUUGAUUACAUAGUUAACUACAUUUACCACUUGCCUAAUGUCAUAAAAAUGGAGAACUGAUUCGUUCCCACAAAUAAUUGUACUAGUAAGCGAAUCAUAAACGAUCUACAAGUAUAUGCAUCUAAGUGAUGCCAUAAAAUGAAGUUAACAGUCAAACUGGGAACAAGAAUAUAACCACAACAAUGCAAGUGAAUACACAACAAUGUAUUUACAUAAAAGAAGAAAUGUAUAAAAUGUCUGUUAUAUACAAUAAACAGCAAGGUCUAUCUAGAAGGGGUUAACUAUUAAAUCACCUCCACCAAAAGUCUCACUAUUCAAAGACAGCUGAUUAUUAGACUUGUGCAUGGUUUGUUGAAAUGUUUUCCUCGGAAAAAAAAUUGCUUUAGGUGAUUUGGAAUUCCUCAAUGUGGUGUUUUGGUUUGAUAAAUUCUGUCCAUACAAUCAUUUGAGGAAAAAUGUUUUGAACAAAUCAAAAGGAUGCGGAAAUUGGAAAGUCGGUGUACUUCAGAAAUUUUAUAUAUAUAUAUAUAUAUAUAUAUAUAUAUGUAUAUAUAUAUAUAUUUUUUUGUUUAUACUGCUUAUUUUGUAUGGAUUUGAUUUCCGAAAAAGAUGCGCUGUUGCCUUUUAGAUGUAAACAGGCAAUAUAUCUAUAUUUUUUGGGGAGGUUCUACUGGUCAUAUUAUAUGGAUUUUUUUUAACUGGUCACUUCUUAUUUGAUCUGUGAAGAAACUUAAUCUCCAAUCAUCUUUUGUACAUGAGUCAUCUUUUGUGUUUUUUUGCACCACUGAUGGAACUUAAAAUGAAAAAACGAGACUAACAGUUCAUCCAUUGUCCAUUUUGUUUGUUUCACAAUUCAUUGGAAUUCAGCAUUUCAGACUAAUUGCUGAUCACCCAAAAUUUUGUUCAAUCUCAAUUCAUUUGACUGAAUUUCUACUGACAAAUACAACAAUUUCGUGAAUCAAAUUGAAGUAUGUACAUUUAUUUCUCUAAUGUUAAAUGGUGAGUGUUUUGCAAGAGCAACUCAAAGUUCAUGCCAAACAUUGUUUUAAAAAAAAAAUGUAAUGGACUAUUAUCAAUAGUAUAGGUCCACAGUUGGGCUGUGGUUCUUCUCCCUGUUCAAAUCUCUUUAGUUUUGCUAAGAAAAAGGUUUUGUAGCUGUCUGAAGCCUAUCUGACCCUUUAAUAAUGCCUCCCUUUUCACAAAAUGCCUUUUGUGAUUAGAAGAUAAACAGUGUAGCUUAGCAAAAGAGAAAUCGAUGUGUCAAUCACUGUCCUCUUCUUAACUGUAUAGUACAUUGCAUAGUAUAUUACACCCAUAAUGCUGGCCAAGCAUCAUGGGAUAUGUAGUCCACAUCUAAAGUGCUGAGGGUUAUCCACUAUAUAAAAGCUAUACUUAGGAGGAAAGAGACGAAUUAGAAGAUAGUGAUUGUGGUGGGUUGAGUCACAUCAUCAACUCAACUCAAUCUGAUCUCUCAUUGGCUGAAUUAAGUACCUACUCAGAGUAUGUCCAAUAAGGAAACUUCUUUGUGAGAAAAGGAGGUAUAACUAAGAAUAAAUAUAUUAAAAAGUGUAGACACCUUACGUACGCGAUAAACUAUAAGGCAGGCUAAGCUUUUAUAUGUGGGGUGAGGUAUUUGUUAUGAACACAGAGUGUAGAGUACUAUAGGUAUUUUGUUUUUCAUGAUUUUUUUCCCCAUAUGCCAAAGAUGAGGCUAUGUGGGUAUAUUUUGAAAAAGUUAAUUUGGUAAGAAAAAAAAAAAAAAUUACUUUUUCUCUGGGGGGAGGACAUCUGCAGUUGAAAUUUGUGGCUUUUACCAUAAAUACUGAGUACCUCAUUGCAACUGUUUAGUAGUAAAAAAAACUGGGCAUGUAUCUGAUAAUGAAGUUAAGAUUGGAGGCAAUUGACAGAUAGGAUAAUGGGGACCCCCUAGCACAGGCUUCCCCAAACUCCGGCCCUUCAGAUGUUGCUGAACUACAACUCCCAUGAAUCUAUGAAUGAAAUAGGCUGAGAAUCAAGGGAGUUGUAAUGUGGCAAGAUAUGGAGGGUCCGAGUUUAGGGAAGCCAGCCCUAUCCCAUACUUUCAUAUAGGGGAACAUAUAAAAAAACAACUCCCUUUAUGAAAGGGGUUAAGCGCUUAUUACAUUAGAUUUGCGCCAUACUUAAAACCAACAAGAUGGAACAAGAACAGCUUCUUUUUGUAAUCUUGGGGUCAGUUUUCAAAUAUAUCUUUAUUUUGUAUUUAACUAUUUGCAAUGAACUGGCAGUGAUAUUUUUAUCAUAGUUCUCUUAGACAGCUACCAAGAAGCAAAUCCACCCUGGUAAAAUAUUUUAUAAAUAAAUAAAUAAAUGCAAAGCUUAACAGUCAGUUUGUAUCAAUAUUGUUUUUUAAAGAUUAAUUCAAUCUGGCUUAAGCUGGCUUUUUUAUGCUUUGUGGAUACUGUGAGUAUAGAAAGGCUUUUAGUACUCAUUGAGCCAUCUUCUUCUGUCCAUAAAAAAACAUCUUUUGAAUUGUAACUCUUUCACAACUGCCACAAUUUCCAUAAAAUGAACCAAGGGAAAGAAAGAGAAAAUACAUUGAUAUAAUCUGAUGUCUAUGUCAAAUACGAAAUCUACAGUGAUGACUCAGAGGUUAUAGCUCUGCAACAAAACUGAAGGAACCAAUAUUAUUGAGUGAGCUGUUCCAUUUAAUUUCCCAUUGAAUUCACUGGGAUUGUUGACAUCAAUUGGUCAUUGAAUUAAAUGUGAAAUGAACGGUUCAAUGUGAUUGAAUUGAGCAACCCUUGAUUUAAGUUUUUGUGAUUUCAAUAAACAUUAGUAACAUAGUCACACUUGUAAAAAUAUUUCUAGCACUAUAUCUCUUGGUCGUCUACCUUUAUACUCCAUAUAAAUAAAUAAAAUUUUACCAUUAAAUGCUACAAUAUAUAUUGAAGACUUUUAAUAACUUUUACUUUGCUGCAAUACCAUUUCCAGUAGACUAGAACAUAUUUGUAUUAUAAUAUUUUGUUUAUUAUGCUUAUUUUGUCGGAUAUGUUUUUUUCUUAGUCCAGCAAAUCACACUUGCUGCUUUUGUUAUUAUUGGCUCCUUUGAGUAUACUUUCUAAAUCCUUUGACUUAGGUAUAGAAUUAAAUCUGUGUAGAUGUAUUGCUGUAGCAAUUUUUUAUAAUUUUUUUUUGCAUUAGCAAUUUUAUAACAGAAUGCAAAACAAAAAGAAUAUCGAACAUAGACACAUGAAAUCUAUGUGACUAUAAAAAAGUACAGUGAAUAAAAAAAUGAAAUAAUUAGCAGACAGUUUGAAGGCUGUGACAAUAUCGACUGUAUUGUGUAUCAUCUUAUGAAUGCCUAAUAAGUAGACUUGUGCAGAAUUUUUGGCGAUUGACGCUUUAUUUGAAAUAUCAAACUACAAAAUGCUAUAGGGACAAAUCAUAAAACAAACAAAACAGGUAAUGGAUGAACCAUUUCAUUUGAUUUGUGAUUCAGAGUUCUGUCUUUGGGUUCAUAAAGAAAAGGUGAUAGACAAUAAAUUGAUUGAUGUGUAGGGAUAAGCCACUAACAGCGUUGCUAAGCCCUGUAACGAAUGGGGCACAACCAGCCGGUUGUGUAUGGGGUCAUUGGGACUGUAAAAUCUGGAUGUUGUUCACACUAUUUAACAAUGUUCAGAUUUUGUAAUUCAGGGCCCAAAUUGGCCUGAACUUUGUCCAGAUUUCAGCAGUUCAGAACGCCGUCAGAUGGCUGAAAUCUGGUUCAAAUGCUUAAAAGGGCCAGGAUUUAAACAAAUAUCUAAACUAUUUGACCCUGGUAACACUAAGUAGACAGCAGGCAAAAAGUUAAAAGCCUCAGCAGUGAGAGGGUUAAUUAUGUUGUGGCUGACCAGUGCUCACAAGCCAGGCACAACAUUAAAUAGUGUAAAUAAAAGCCUAUUAGGACUCCAUAUUAAAAGCACAAUUAACAUAAAAGAGGUUUAAAACCUCCCUCUGUUCACACCUGCAAUAGGCAUGUCUACUAACUUGAAAUAAUGAGCAGCAUGCUGCGCUCCCACCUAUGGCCAUCUGGUUGGGGGACUUUUAAAUAACUAUGUGACAGGUGUAGGUGGACAGACCACAGUCCAACCCUCUGCCCCCACUCAUGGCUAGUAGCUGGGUGAUAUUAUAAUAUUUAGUGGGGAAGACCUAGUUUGUUGGGGAAAACCAAUUGGGUGUAGUUACAAUAAUCAUGGGAGGUGACCUAGUGUCCCCCUCUCAAUCCCAUCCAUUGACAGCUCUAAUUAAUUAAACAAUGGGGCAGUGGAUAUGCUUUAGCCCACCCCCUGCCAAAUAGGGACAUAUCCUUCUCCCCUUCACCACCCCCAAGGUUGCUAGGGGCUCCCAAUCCCCUAACCACUACCACUAAAAUAUAAUAAGACUUCAUAGGUGUAGGUAUAAUAUAUUAUAUAUUAAAUAUAAUAAAGUAAAAAUUAUACCUACACCUAUGAUAGUAUAAUUUUUACUUUAUUAUAUAUAUAAAAAAUAUAUAUACCUACACCUAUGAAGUCUUUCUUUUGAUUCUUUUUAUAUUUAGCCUGGAAAAAAAAGUCAAAAUAAAAUCCAGAACAACUGGCAAAACUCUUUAAAAUAAACAAACAAAGAAAAAAAAAAUACUUCACAAUAAAAUGAAUCCAUCUUCUCCCCAAGAGGAAUCACCACAGACUGAGCUCUCAUAGUGGGUACAACUCAACUGUACUCAGUUAUAAUCACCGCUUUGCAUUCUUCACUUGAAUUUUGCAAUUUGAUUUUCAGUUCACCAUCACUCACCUUUGGUGAAUAAAACCUAAUUUGCCUUUUGGGCAUCUAUUGGCUUAGUUUGUGUAAUGGCAUAUAGUGGCAUACAGAAUGACAUAUUUUUAAGGUGAUCUAAGCCAGUAUUGAAACACAAUAUUUUUUUUUCUGUAUGGUAUCCACCAACUUUAGUUUGUUUUCUGCAAUAAAUUGUGUAACCAAUGGGCCAAGAAAAGAUAAAUGCAUUACAUUGCACCUCUUAAACUGAUACUUAAAUUAACAAAUAAAUGCUCACGUAAAAUGUGUUGCAUAUCACGUGAUGGUAAGUAGGGUUAAUAAUAUAUUGACAUUUUAAGGUGCAGGAGUUACACUUUCUUUUAGUUGACCAGGAGGGUUUGGAUCCUAUCCAUGUAGACAAAAUUAGAUUUAGAAUUUUUUUCUACACCUUCAUUCUUAAUUUUGGACUAGUGCCUGGAAUCUUUCUUCUGUGGGUCAGAUGUCUGUGAGUUUCUCAAGCUCAUUAUAUAUCUUAUUGUCCUCAAAAACAAACCUAUAUACAGUGAAGGUGAGCUCAAGGGUCUCAUCCAUGCUGGUGUUUGGAAAUGCAAUUGUGUCAGACUGUUCACAAUGGCGUUUAGGAAUUCUCUGUUUAUUUUCUUCCAUGCAAACUCAUUACGGCCCCUCUCCAGAACUUAUGCAAAUUAUCUUUUUUUUCUGUUUGUUUGUUUAUUUGAAGGAAUGGGUUGACUAGGACUGUAUGUGGCCAGUUGAUCUUUUAUUUAUUUAUUUUCUGAUGUUUGUGAGACAUUUAACAUGUGAUAUAUAUUGCUAUUAAUUUUUGCUCUGUUUGUUUGUUUUGCAACUGUUUGUUUUAGGGCCAAUGUUAGUUAUCCAGCAGUGUACUUUGUAAAGUAAUAUUAGGUAUGUUAUUAAUUCCAGGGCAAGUCUUUUACAGGUUAAAUACUUACAUGUGGAUAAUAAAUUAAUGCUGCUGUUGUUGUUGUGCUUCAAGUUCAUGUUAUAUAUUUGUUUUGCAACAUUUAAGUCUGCUUCAAACUUGGUUUACCCUAAGACUAAACUUAUAUUAGAUUUUUAUAUUUAAUAUUAUAUAUCAAGAUUCCUUAUCACGGUGUGUUUCAUUACUUUUUUAUGUUAAUUAUUUUUAGAAAGUUAGCAUGUGCCAAAUUUAAGUUUAAAUUGUGUACACCAUUUUUGGAUGCAUGUUUGAUGUGUUAGCUUGUCUAAUUAUUUAUCCUGUGUAAUUCUUUGGAAAUCAUUUGUCGUGCAAAAUCCUGAUUCACAGUCCUCAUGCAGCUGAGAGAAAGUGUCUAUGCAUGACCCUGAAAUAUUUACACAACAAAUAUGAUUCAAUGUCAAGAGUAUAUAAUGUAUUUACUAAAAUUUUCUUAAGCUAAACAAAUUAUGUUUUUAAACAUGAAGCCUGUAAAGGAUAAGCAAUGGCUUACUUGCCGGUCCUUUAAGGACAGGUUGGGUGUUCUUUAGAUGUCUUCUUUGGCUAUGGAAGUAAUAAAAAGAGGAAUGUCACUUUACGUGGUUGACAAAACAUUUAAGGAUAAUGGGAAAGUUUGGAACUACUUAAAUGGGUUGAAGCUGAACAAUGGAAUAUGAUGUUUAAUUCUGAUCUUCAUCUGUAUAAUGAUGUAUUUGGUAGUUUUAGUUGCAAAACACAAUUUUAUACAUUUGAAUUAGAAUGUGGCAUAAUGAUUUUCGAAUGUCUCUUAAUUUUAUAAAACGCUUUAUAUCUUUUUCUGAGAUUGGUUCUAGUCAUUGAGUUCUAAAUUUCAGUAUUACACAGUAAUGGCUUACUCAAAAGGUCAAGCGAUUUUAUAUCAAUUUUAUCUAAAUGUUAUGCUUUCAAUUAGGGCUCAAUUAAAAAUAUAUCCAUAGAAUGAAAUAUAAUAUUGCCAACUUCCUUUCUUGAUUUCAGUUUCAUUAUAUUUGGAUGCUCAGUCCUAUGGUGAGUUUGGAAGAGAUGCCAUGUCCAGAAAAUAUUUGGAUGCGGGUGAUCAGUAUACUGCAAUAUUGUGUUGCAUCUUCUACUUGGAAAGCUUAUGUGAAGAUUUGGUCUUCAGGAUGGUUUGCAAUUCUAAAUAAAUAUUUUUGGAAUAUUUUUUAUCCCAUCUAUAG